UAGAAACAUACUUUAACAGGGUAGAAAUUUAAAACCUUUCAUUGUUGACUCCCUCAAGUUAAUUUAUUAAACAGGGAGAGAGAGAGAGAGACGACUUCAGGCUCUACGCAGCAUAAAGUUAUUUUCAGACAAGUCUUGGAAACUAAAACAGAUCUUUGGAUCUUCGUGAUGGCGCAUCAGGACAACUUGGAUCAUCCUCAUCGGUGUAAUGAUUCAGACGAACAAGAUCCUACUACAGUGACAAUUGAGUUUCUCCGUGCGCGUUUACUUGCCGAAAGAGCUGUUUCCAAGAGCGCAAGAGCUAAACUUGAUGGACUCGCUGAUAAAGUAGCAGAGCUGGAGGAACAGCUCAAGAUUGUGUCUUUACAGAGAAAGAAGGCAGAACAAGCAACUGCUGAUGUCCUUGCCAUCCUUGCAGAAAAUGGGUUUAAUGAUGAUGUCUCUGACGGUUAUGAUUCAAGCUCUGAUCAAGAGAGCUACUCUCAGACGAGUUCUGGCAAAAGUCUGUCCUGGAAAGGACGCAGGAGAGAAGCAGCAGCAGCUUCUUCAGACAAAGCCAAGGAACCGCGUGAUAGGAGACAGAGAGGUUUCGACUCUGCUUAUAUUUGGCGUCCAAGACACCGCCAAGGAAGGUCUUGUAGACAAAUAAAACGCAGCGAAACAAGAACUGUGUCUGAAGAUCAUCAUAAGGGAAAUGGAAACGCAGUUGUUGAUCUUCAUGAUGGCACUGAAGCGAGCGAAGAGGCGUCCAGAACUGUGGUUGAUGUUGAUGCAAUGAAGAGAGACGAAAGCUUGCAGAGGGUGUUAGAGAAGAGAGACAGCAUGGACGUCAACUUAGAGAGAGCGUUAGCAAAACGUGCACAAGUUAUCGGAUCUUUUGAAGAUAUGGAAGAGACUCAAAAGCAGUGGGAGAAAGAGUUCACAGAUAAUAAAUCAUCUGCUUUGGAUUUGUGUGACGUAGGGAACCAUUCAGAUGUGACAGAUGAAAGCAAUGGAGAAAAAGCACAAGAAGGUUCCACGGUAGUAGUUGUACCUUCACUCCUUGAUACAAAGUGUGUUGACCAUAGGGAAUCAUUUGAAGCUUUGUCGCAUGGUUCGCCUGAUGAUUCAGUAACAUCAUCAUCUGAUAAGUGCUGCAAAAGUUGUGGAUCCAAAUCUAUAGAAGGAGACAAAGGAAAACAUAUAGCUGAGAGUCCUAAAACUGAGUCUUCUCAUUCACAGAGCUCUAAAGGUAUCUCUUCAUCAACUAUUCAGCCAAACUCUAGAGGCAGUUCCUUUUGCAGUAACGCCACUACCAUCCAGAAAUUAGAUUAUCUAUUAGUUCCAGUGGCGAAAGAGAAGUCUACUGAUACAUGUGAGACGGUGCUCACUGCGCUAAAGCAAGCUAAGCUGUCUCUGCAAGAGAAAGUCAUCAGAAAACCUGAAAGCUCAUAUCCUUCAUCGCCAGGUUCGUAUAUGAACACAUACGCACUACCUAUAGAGGCAGCAUCUGGUUCCGAAUCAUCUCUCCCUGCUUCCAACCUUGGCUCCUCCAUGGUAGAGUUUCCUGUUGGCUGUGCUGGACUUUUUCGAGUACCAACUGUUUUUUCACCUGAUGCAUCAACGAUGAACAGCUUUCUAGCUUGCCCUUCGAGUUCUCAGAGAGCUCUGAUUAGCCAUACACCUGACACCAGUCCUCCUUUGUCAAUGGAUGAGCGUCCUUUGACCACUCCAUACAUUGGUGGACCAAAACUAUAUGCAGGGUUCAGGGCAGACACCCAAGAAUCAAGACGUUGUAAAGCGACCACACCAAGUGUUUCAGGCAUUGUCAUCUCUGGUUUUGGAAGUAGCCACCAACUAUCAUCCUCAAGUAGCUUCAACUUAGAUAGACGAGGAAGUACAUAUACUCCCAUGACACUUACUCGAAGCUCAGUUCUGCCUAGUAGAGAAAUGUAUUCGACUCCUUACUACACACGUGCGGUUGGGUUGCCUCCUAGUGGUGGUUCUGGUGACGGUUUGUUUAGACGAGUGUGAUUCUGUUUGUGAUCAAAGCUGCAGUAUCAUAUACUGAACCUUAGUGGACUGUAUGAUGUUGUGUACAAUGUGUGUAGACCAAACCAGGUUUGUGUGAAUUUGUUAGAAACAAAGUCAAAAACAAAAUUAU